AUAGACAGAGGCUGUUAGACAGAGAGAGAGAGAGAGAGAGAGAGUGAGGGGAGGAGAGGAGAUACCUGCUGAAGACGUUCGUGUGUUAGUAGGUGCGUGGAGGUUGACUGUUAAUAACAGCAGAACGGACUGUCUUAAACUUCCUUCAACAGUUGUCUUAGAGAAAGACAAGUUACAAGUGACAACAACCACUUCUUCAGUGUCUAAACUAACUCCGAAAUCAUGACGUGUUGCAAGGGGCCAGGUUACCCAACUCCUCUCGAGGCAAUGAAAGGUAAAAGAGAAGAGAUUAUGUAUGUGACAUGUAUAAUCCCACCAGAGAAUCGUAACCGACCAGAUUAUCUGGCUACUGUUGAUCUUAAUCCAGAAUCUGCAACUUAUGGAAAGGUCAUCCAUCGUCUGAAAAUGCCACACAUUGGAGAUGAAAUGCACCAUUUUGGCUGGAAUGCUUGUUCCAGUGUUUGCAAUGAUGCAUCCAAGAAGAGGGACAAAAUUAUUUUCCCCUGUCUACUGAGUGACCGCAUCUAUGUUGUGGAUAUUAAAGAGAAUUUGAGAGAACCCAAAUUAUAUCGAGAAUUGAACACUCUUCGAGAUUGGGACUGUUCUGCCCCUCAUACUUCUCACUGUCUGGGAAGUGGAAUGGUAAUGAUCAGUUGUAUGGGCGAUGCAGUUGGCAACCAUAAAGGAACUUUCAUUCUUUUAGACGAGGAUUUCAAUAUUGUGAGAAGAUGGGAAAACCAAAAAUGUGAAUUUGGCUAUGAUUUUUGGUACCAGCCAUUCCAUAAUGUCAUGAUCAGCACAGAGUGGGGGUCACCAAAAUGUUGGCGCAAGAAUUUUGAUCUUGCAGAUUUGGAAAAGGACUAUGGCAGAAGUUUAAAUGUCUACAACUGGACAACUCAUGAUCUCGAACAGGUCAUCGAUUUAGGACAAGAUGGUCUGAUCCCGCUGGAAAUUCGUUUCCGUCACGAUCCAGAAUCACCCGAAGGAUUUGUCGGAUGUUGUUUGGGUUCAUCCAUUUACAGGAUCUUCAAAGCACAGAAUAAGUGGGCAGCUGAAAAAGUAAUCCAGGUUCCUCCUAAGACUGUUGAGAACUGGAUUAUGUCAAGUAUGCCAGGUCUCAUAACUGAUAUUAUCCUGUCUUUGGACGACCGAUUCCUGUAUUUUAGUAACUGGCUGCAUGGUGAUAUCAGGCAAUAUGACAUCACCAAUGGUAAGAAACCAAUUUUGGUUGGCCAGCUGUUUCUUGGAGGCUCCAUUCUGUCUGAUAGUAAAGUCAAGGUUAUCAAAGAUGAAGAACUUAAAACACAACCAGAUCCGUUGUACAUCAACAACAAGAGAGUGUAUGGUUCCCCACAGAUGCUGCAGUUGAGUCUUGAUGGUAAACGACUCUAUGUGACAUUUUCACUCUAUAGUGGUUGGGAUCAACAGUUUUAUCCGGAAAUGACAAAGAAUGGUUCUGUGAUGCUCCAGGUUGAUGUCAACACUAUCACUGGUGGCCUUACCCUCAACAGAGACUUCUGCGUGGAUUUUCGUGAGGAACCGGAGGGUCCAGUUUUGGCCCAUGAAAUGCAUUAUCCUGGUGGAGACUGUAGCACAGAUAUUUGGUUAUCUGACAAGGAAAACCCAAGUUUACUUGCUCACAAAUUAUAAAAUAAAGCAAAGACAUACAAAAGAAAAAAUAUUAACCACCCCCCCAAACAAACAAAAUGAAAUAUAAUGAGGAGUACAAUAUAAGAAUAAAGAAUUAUAGGAUUAUGAGAAUAUAGAAUAAGGAAUAUAAACAGAAGGGGGGGGAAAAAAAAACCAAAAGUAUAUCUUAAUCCAUGAUAAGGUAUUCUUUGAUAAAUAAAUUCGUGUUUAUUUUCAGAGGAUUACCACAUCAUGCAUGACUAAUUGAAAAUAAUUUUUUUGUAUCUGUGUGAUUAUCUUUAGAUGCCCUUCACUUGUGGGCAUGUGAGAAUCCUGGAUUAAUAAAUCCGGGGACAUAUGAAAUAGUGUAAUGAGGGUUGCUUGUGAUAGGACUUUUUGAUGCUAUGACCUCCUCAUGAAUAAAACUACAUAAAUAUAUGAAUAAAUGUUUAAAAUUCCAAGAA